CAGCUGGCUGUUGCGGUAAUCCGGUUCAGACAUGAGCGGCCGCCGGAAGCUCUGCCCUGAGAUCGUGUUUUAGCCAAAACAAGUCCACUUUUCACCGCUUCACCUGCCAGUCGGGGUGUGCGGGCCAGACCGAACAGAUAUGCGUUACAAACACGCGUCUUUUAAUAAGACUCGAAGGGUUUUCUUGGUAAGGUAAACCCGCUCGGUCCGCUGGUAGGGAUGGUGUCACUCCGGGGCUCUGAGCAGAAACUAGCCUAACGAGGGUGCACUACAGGCCGGGGCGAGCAGCUCGGUUAAACCAGGACAUUUUUUUUUAAAAUGCUCACAGGUUUCCUGUAACCAGGAAGUCUGUUUCCCUGCAGUUGGUCCGCUCAUAACGGGCUCUUUAAUUUUUCUUCUCGGAGAGGCCCAACCAGCUUUCACGGUGGAAACAAGAAGGAGAGCAAAGAUGAACGCUGUGCGGGGGGGCACAGUUACCUGGCGGCCCCAGCCAUGGCAGGACGGGGAUGGAGGGGGAGGAGAGCCCCUCUCAGACAGUGACUCCGAGGAGGAGGACUUUCCGGAUGACAGCACCACCCCACUGGGGGACUACAUCACCCACGGUCUAAAGCAGCUCCUGGACGCCCAGCAGCUGUGUGACGUCACGUUGCUGGUUGAGGGAAAGAAGUUCAUGUGUCACAGAGUCCUGCUGGCGGCUGUGAGUCCUUACUUCCGGGCCAUGUUCACCAGCCCCCUGGUGGAGUCCCGCCUCAACGAGAUCCGUCUGGAGGAAGUCACGCCCUCCGUUAUGGAGACCGUCAUCCAGUUUGUGUACACGGGCGAGGCGGGUCUCUCUCUGGAGACGGCCGAGGACUUGUUCGUUGCUGCCAACCGGCUUCAGGUCAUGCCCCUCCAGGACUUGUGCUCCAGGUUUCUGUUUGAGCACCUCUCAGUGGAGAACUGCCUGGGGAUGUACUCUCUAGCUCGCUCGCAUCACGACCAGCUGCUGCUGCGCGCCUCCCUGCGGCUGGUCGCCCAGCACUUCCCCCGCGUGGCGCGGCAGAAGGACUUCCUGCUGCUCGACCACGGCACCCUGGGCAGUCUGCUAAGCUCCGACCGCCUCGGGGUGGACUCCGAGGCCGAGGUUUACGACGCGGCUCGCCGGUGGGCGGAGCACCAACCUUUGGAUCGCUACGCCCACAUGCCGGCGCUGCUUCACCACCUGCGCCCCGGCCUGCUGUCCCAGGAGGAGAGCCGGCGACUGAGCCAGGAACUGGGGCCUGCUGCUGCGGGGGAGGGCCUAGGGGGGCCUCUGAGACCAAGAGAGGGGAUGUUUGAAAAAAAGAUUGUCUGUGUGGACCUAACGCCGCGGGAGGAUGAAAACGUAGCUUUGAAGGAGCACACGGUGGACUGCUUUGAUCCCCGGACAGGGAAGUGGGAGAAGUUAGCAGCGCUGUGUUCCCUGGUGAGCCCCGGGUGCACGGCGGUGGGCGACAGGCUCUUUGUGGCGGGGGGAGUCCUCCGUACAGGCUCUGUGUCUGCUGCCGUGCACGAAUACGACACUGUGUCGGACAGAUGGAUAGAAAGGCCGGCGAUGGCCCAGCCGCGCGCCAUGCUGGGCCUGCUCGGGUGUGGAGACUCGCUCUAUGCCUUGGGUGGCUGUAACCGCUCUGCGCUGUUGGACUCCAGCGAAGCGUUGGAUCUGACUACGCUCCAGUGGGGCCCGGGCCCCCGGCUUCCCCUCCCUCUGCGAGCCUUUGCCUGUGCAGCUUUGCGUGGACGCCUCUACCUUCUGGGUGGAACCACGCUGGAACAGAACCGGGCUGUGGUGCACUCAGGCGUGCUCAUUUAUCACACCCUGACCGACUGCUGGACACGCGUAGCUUUGGACUCUGGCACCACCUGCCUCGCCGGGGGCGUGGCAGUGAGAGGAGGGGUCUGCGCCAUUGGAGGAUACAUGAGGGAUACCACCAAGUUCCUGGAUGGGAAUUACACCAAUCUGGAGACUUUAGACGCCACAGGCCGAGUGCUGUUCUUCAGAGAGGGCAGGGGGACGGGGGUGGAGAGGGAGGUGACUGGCGGGGGGGUGAUGGUCAGCGCCGAGCAGCGGGGAGCCGGCUGUGGCGGAAGCGACCGAGCACCCAGUCCCGUGGUGUUCCCCGGAUUGCCUCGGCGGAUAGCAGCAGGAGGCGUGGCCAGGUGGAAGAGGAGGAUUUACGUUCUGGGCGGAGAAAACGGCGCACGCUUCUACGACAGCGUGUACUGCUGGAAACCUGGCUGGAGGAGCUGGGUGCAGAGGCGGGAAAAACUUCCCGGGGAGACUGGAGGGGUCAGCCAGUUCGGGUGCACCACUCUUAAAUUCCCUAAAAAGCACAUCCUGUCCAGAUUAAGACUAGCCAAAGAAAACUGCAAGAAGGACAGAAGCAGGACAGAAGGGCGCCACCAUGGCCGUCCUGUCGCUGCGGAAUGAGCUCAUGCAAUGUUGUUGCUAUUCAUUAAUUUAAAGCAGAAAAUCUACUUUUAUAAAACAAGUGUGCAGCCACCAUGCAGGCCUGGAACAGAUUACACCAAAAUCCCACAUCCUCCGCAACCGCCCCGCUCCGAUCCAGACCGCCUGCGCAAAGCAAAA